AUGGAGGCACCUUUCCGAGAAGGAACCGCGACGUUCCAGCAUGCGCAUUUCCCCCAACCCGCGCAAACCUGGUACCGAGUCUACGGCGAUCUCACGGUCAACACUCCUCUCGUCGUCCUGCACGGAGGCCCCGGGUUCUGCCACAACUACCUGCUCCCCCUGGCCGAUCUGGCUCCCACGCGCGCCGUGAUCCUGUACGGCCAGAUCGGAAACGGGCGGUCGACGCACUACCCGGAGAAACGCGGCGAUCACGCGUUCUGGACGGUUGACCUGUUAAUCUCCGAGCUGGAGAACCUGCUGGCCUAUCUAGGCAUCGCCGGGGACUUUGAUCUUUUGGGCCACUCGUGGGGGGGCAUGCUCGGCGCGUUUCGCGCCGUCGAUCGGCUGCGCGCGACCCUGCCCCAGCCUGUGCAGGAGACACUCAAGCAAUGCGAAGACGAGGGCCGGCUCGACUCCACGGAGUAUGCGGAUGCCACUAUGGUCUUUUUGUCUCAGUUCUCCUGUCAAGUGGAUCCCUGGCCGCAGGAGUUGCUGGAUAGUCUUGUGUGGGCGACGGAAAAGGAUUCCACGGUGGCGUCGACCAUCCUGAAGGAUUGGUGCGUGCUGGAUCGGCUGCAGGCUAUUCAGGUGCUCACCCUGCUGAUUAAUGGGAGGUAUGACGAGGCGCAGAACAGUACGGUCGAGCCGUUCUUCUGGGGAAUCCCUAAGGUCAAGUGGGUGACGCUGUCGGAGAGUGCGCACUGUCCCCAGUUCGAUGAGCCGGAGAAAUACCUGCAGGUCAUCGCAGACUUCUUGGCUUCUUCAUAG